AUAUGUAUAGCGGGGGUCGCGCGCGCUCAAUGUCCCGCGCCGCCGCCGACUAUAUAUGUGUAGCAGCAGCGCGCGGGAGUAUAAACGCGCGCGUCGGCGCCGUGUCAGUCGAAGUACGGCUUCCCUCGGGUUAGCAAGUCCGCGCGAGAGACGGAAGGCAUCAGUCUGCGACAGAGUUUGCGCGCGGCUGUGCCGAGAGACACUGCACCGCGGGAACACAUGAACUGCUGCCGGUGAUACUUAUUGUAUUCGUACUGACACAGCGCAGAGAGACACGAAGACGACAGGGUGGUGUCGAUCAAGUUGCGGAAGAGAAGGGCUUCCCAGAGUACACUAUAUAUAUAGUUAUCCGAUUAGAGAGACGCGCGAGAGUGCAAGGACGUGAUGCGGAGCCAACAGCAGCUAUCCCUCGCAGCGGCCGCGACGAUCUGCGUCGUCCUCGCGGCGAGCUUUCGCUAUGGAGCGGCGGUGAUCUGCUACCAGUGCAACAGCGAGUACGACCCGAGAUGCGGCGACCCCUUCGACCCCUACAGCCUUGGUACGGUCAACUGCAGCUUUCAGCCGCGUCUCGAGCACCUGAACCACCUCGAGCCGACGCUGUGUCGGAAGAUCACCCAGAAAGUGUACGGCAAGAACCGGGUGGUCCGAGGCUGCGGCUUUCUGGAGGACGAAAAGGCCGACGACAAGAGCUGCCUGAAGAGGAGCGGCACUCACGACGUGCGGGCGCUUUACUGUUCCUGCACGACCGACCUCUGCAACGCGGCCGAUCGCACGACGUCGAGUCCCGCUAGUUUGGCUCUUCUUCUCGGCCUCGGACUGGGCGUGCUGCUCCUGGGACCCGUCGCUCUCGCGCCCAGGACGCCCUAGGGACUGGGCCAUGUGACUCAUCUUUGCCUAGUCGGUUCGCCGAGUCUCGUCGAUAAACCACCAAGGCAACGAAAAACCGGCCGGAGUAUGUUAUAUACAACAUCUCCGUAAAGAAUAAACGAGAAAAAAAAAUCAAGAAAGACAGGGUCGAUUUGCAUAUGCAACGCAAUAACGAAUACCGGAGCGCAGGAAGAGCCGCGAUGCUGUUGUUAUACAUACAUAUAUAAGUUAAUUCGUUCAUCGUUUAUCCUUUAUUCCACAAGGCGCGUCACAUUUCAUAUUAAAUACACGGGAUCGACGCAAACUGCCAGACUUGAAAAAAUAAAAUACAAAAGAGCGAGGUGAUAUCGACGAGUAUAAUGAGGAUACAGACGGAAAUUGAUAUAUAAACAUUACGGUUUCGUAGACACACUCGCGCACGCGUUUAUUCAUUUCGAAACGAUACAUAUAUGAUUUGCGCGCGCGCGCGCUGCUACAUAUAAUAUAUAUUACAUACGAUUAUGCCUAUACUUAUAUAAUAUUAAUUAUAAAAAAAAUAAAAGAAUAAAUAAAAUCGCGCCGGCUGAAUCGACCUUUUUAAUCGAACGCGCGAGACUUCCAUUUUCGAUAAAUAUAAAAAAUAACGGAAAAAAAUAAUAAUAAUAAUAAUGGUCAGCUGCCACUGCUGCUGCGCUGCUGCUGCUGCUGCUGCUUUGUUAUAUUGAUGAUUACACGACGUGUGUGAUAAACAAAAAGAAGUACGUCCUUUUGCAUACACACAUACACCCAAACACACACACACCGGCCCAUCGUUUUAAGAGAGCGAGUAUAAAAACGAUGUACGGAAUAAAAGGAGCUUUUUUAGUAGAGGAGAGACUCGCGGCUACGUAAAUGUAGAGGUUCUGGAAGAGAAUGCCGAGGAAACGCGACUGUUUUAAGAUUAUAAUUAUAAAGGUUUUUAAUACGCUAAUAAAGAUGAUGCGGAGUACGAGUUACAUAAGUGCGUCGCGGAGCCCUGGCGCGAUCGGCCGGUCAUUCAUUAUUAUUCCAUUCUUUUUGCGUGUCAGUUGAAUUUCCGUUCUUCCGCUCGAAACACAGCUUUCUUCGAAUUAAAAAAAAAAAGAAAUGAAAAAAGAAACCGGCGCAGUCUCCCGUCGAUCGCGUCGAGGCCCCGGCUAACGAUAAUAAACAAAAGCGCAGGGAUUAAAAAGUACGUUACGUAAGUCUAUAACGCCUAGGAUAUUAUAAUUAAAUACUAACUAUAGUAUAAUUAAACGAAGCAAAGCAAAAAGUAUAGAGUUUAAAGUUUAAAGUGUAAACUAAAACGCGGAAAAAAAAAACAAAAGAAAUAAGCCACCCCAUCACCUGCUGCUAGCCUAGCUGCCAGCGACUAAUAAGGCACGAUUGAUGUGCGCGAGCGCCUAGUUUGUACUUAAGUAAAACUAAUGAUAUGCCAUUAUAGGUCUCGAGACUCGAAGGAGAAAAAGAGCAAAAGCGAGUAUAAUAACGAAGGAUUUGCUAUAUGUCGGUCUACGAACCUUGUAAGCUCUAGGAAUUUAUAAAAAGCACUAAUCAACGAUUCCGAGGAGUGUGUACCUAAACAAGUGUAAAAGUAUAGCGCAGACAAAAAGAAAAAAAAAAACGAGAAAAUUUAUUAGCGGAAAUUUCGCUUCGAAUUCGUAGAGACACAGUUCCUCGUUAACCGUACGAAAAAUUACUAGUACGUAGAGAGAGAGGCGCACUUAUGCGCGUGAGAAAUUAGCCAUACAAUAUACAAAAACAAGGAUAAUAAAGCCUCGCGGCGGUCGUGAUGGAUUUUCAAAAAGAAAAUAAACUGCAGCGGCGGUGAUCCUUCCGAGGAAAAAUAAGAGAAUAUAUGCCCUUGAUCAUAACGAAUAUUCAACGCCGCCGAUGAAAAUGAAAGUAGAACAUCCCCUAUGUAUACACACAAAGGACGCCAGCGAAUCGUCCGGAGCAGAGUCGUAGAGCAAUACAAUACACACACACACACACACACACACACACGAGUUUCGAGCGAAGCUGCGGAGUCUGUCUAUACCUUUCUCUCUCUCUCUCUUUCUAACUCUUGUUAUAUUGUUAUGUAUAAAUAAAUACGGGGGUAUAUUACGUAUAGUACGCGCGAGCGAAUCGAUUGGCUUACACAUUCUUUUGAUACACAGGGAGUCGGCCUGCAGCGCUCGUCGGGCAAGUGAUGGUACAAACGCAGCUUUCCUCUGAUAAGGGCGGAAUCGAGCUACACAAGCGACGCCUUUGAUCGCGAGAGACGACUAAUUAUAUGAAACGUUGGGAAAAUUUCCUGAAUUAUGUAAAUUUAUAAUUGAAAAUUCCGCGAAUACCGUUGCAGAGGCAUCGCGCGCGGGCUCGUAAAUUAUUACGCAACGGAAAACGACUUGCGUAAUGUAUAUGCGUCGGCGACGCGGCUAAGCUCGUCGCUUCUCAGCUACUUAUAUAUAGGUAAGGAUUCAUUAAUCGCUUUUACUUUCUUUUCUCGUCUUUGGGCCGUUUUACUGUACACUAUAUAGCCCACCUUCGACGCUUGUAUACCGCUUUCUUAUCGGCCUAUAGUAAACGACUUGUUUUUCCCUGUGCUAUCCUACACUCGAUCCUCCGACUAUAUAUAUAGCUGACAAGGCAAAAACAGAGAUUCUAAACGCAACGAGACAUAUCAGAGCCUAGAUUUAUCGUAUAGCCUAUUCUCCUUUCGACGUGGUCUAAGAGCAGUAAAAGUAUUGUUGUGCAAAAACUGAAUUUCGUAGACACGAGAUCUACGAGUUUCCGAAAUUUCGACUGUAAACGCUAUAAUAGGCAUAAGUUUCUCCGAUAACAUGCGAAUCGAGUAUAGUAUAUACGCUAUAUAAACGAUAGUUACCCCGAUAUAUUUUUCUUUCCUAUAAGAUACUCAUAUAAGAGAAUGUAUCCGUAAACACCAACGACUUUAUUUUUAUAAAAUAAAGAUGAAAGAGACCCUUUUUUAUUGUGCGAUAAAUUUAACUAUCUAACUAAACUCACACACGCCGGGCAAGCGAAUUGACGAACAAAGCUAUUAUAUUGUACACUAUAUAUUUUUUGAGAAUCCGAAAGUACCAAGUUUUGCACAGAAAUACUUUUAGCCAGGAUUUGAUGGUCGUGCAUGCAAACGAAACACAUUGUAACUCCGAAGCCGCAUCGCCUAUAUAGAAGCCAUACAUACAGCCGCGGCGUGUCGGACCGCGGCUCCGCGCACGCAUUGGCCUACAAAAGUAAUGCACGGAUAAGACGAAGAGAGUUGGACUUCUGUGCGCGCAGGUGAACGAUCGAGGGCAUAUCAUACAUCGAGACAUCGAGUCGAUGCCGACGUAGCGGGGGACAGAUGCGUUUCUUUCCUCUUUGACGCGAACAAAAUUAAUACAAAACCAUUCCCUCCGAUUGUAUCGAAAGAAUGUCCUAGUCGAGGUAAUGAUUGAUUAAUUUAUAAUAUAUAUUAUAUAUUGAUGCCGAACGAUAUUAUAUUGUACACACAGACACACAUUGUAUAGAUUAUAUUAUUAUUGUAUCAAUAAAGUGUUAAAUGGUUACCAAAAAAGCUAUCCAAGGA